AGGACUAACUUGGUAGGUGGAAGGAAGCGAGGGUCUCUCAGGCAAUGCGUCAUCAUUGACUGAUGCGUACGAGAAAGGGAACCUCUUUUGCGCCUCGUGGCAGGAGCUUCUACUGCUGUUUCACAGCUGGGGAAGUUGUCAUUCGGAGUAGAUCCAGUCGGAGCAGCCUCUUUCCGGGGUGGGGCAUGGAGUUAGCUUAAUCACCCUCCCCGCUUCAGCAUGAUUUCCCAGAGGAAAAUUUCUGCUUCCCUGGUGAUGCAUGUGGAGGUUUCAUCCCAGCCCCUCAGCCUGCACUAGCUUCAGUUGUUAAAUGAAUUCCGUGUCACCCACCUCAGUGCAGUACUUAAGCCAGGAUGAGCUGCACCAUUCAGAUGAAAGGCAACUGUUUAAUCCCAGGUCCAACAGCCAAGAGGGGAAGUAUUCUGGGCUCUUCCCCGGAGGGGGUGCCGCACGCAGUCAACAAAACGAACCUGACGAAGUGGACAAGAUCAAAAGCAAACUCUUCUCUGUUUGGAACAAUGUGAAAUAUGGUUGGACGGUAAAGACCAAAACCAAUUUCAGCAAGCUUUCCCCAAUCCACCUCUUUGGACACAUCUACCACUUUGAACGAGAGGAAGAUGUAGAGCACUUCCAGAAGGACUUUGCAUCCCGUGUCUGGCUGACCUAUCGACGGGAAUUUCAGCAGCUGGAGGGCACCAUGUGGACCACUGACUGUGGCUGGGGCUGCAUGCUGCGUAGUGGGCAGAUGUUGCUUGCUCAGGGUCUUGUUGUCCAUUUCCUUGGCAGAGACUGGACUUGGUCAGAUGCCCUUUACACCACCAGUUUGGCACAGAUGGAGCCCCUGAAAGCCACCUCUCCGUCCUGCCCCAGCGCAGCCAGCCUGCGCCCAGUCCCACCCAUCCCUACUGAUAGGAGCAGGGGCCCCUGGGAGCUGCGGGCUCCUCGGUGCACCUGCUGCCCUGAUGAACUGGAGAAGGAGCGUUAUCACCGGAAGAUUAUCUCAUGGUUUGCGGAUCAGCCUCAAGCACCCUUUGGGAUUCAUCGUCUGGUUGAUCUGGGGCACAGUUCCGGGAAGAGAGCAGGGGACUGGUAUGGGCCUUCUAUUGUUGCCCACAUUAUCAGAGGCGGUCCUGACUCAGAUGUUUCAGCAAAAGGAACUAUUGUGGGUCUUUGCUGUCUUCUGCUUCCUUCUUACAGGAAAGCAGUGGACUGCUGUUCAGAAGCGGGCAACCUGGUGGUGUAUGUGUCUCAGGACUGCACAGUGUACAAAGGGGAUGUGGCAAACCUGGCCAACAGGAGGAAAGACAGGACUGCGUGGGACCCCGAUGCAGAGUGGAAAGCAGUCAUCAUCCUGGUGCCCAUGCGGCUAGGUGGAGAGACUUUUAACCCUGCCUAUGUGGACUGUGUUAAGGAGCUUCUGAGGCUGGAUUUCUGCAUUGGGAUCAUUGGAGGGAAACCGAGGCACUCACUCUACUUUGUUGGAUAUCAAGAUGACUCGCUCCUAUUCCUGGACCCCCACUACUGCCAAUCCUUUGUGGACACCACCAAGGAGAACUUUCCCCUGGAGUCCUUCCACUGUAACUCACCCCGGAAAACAGCCUUCAGCAAGGUGGAUCCCAGCUGCACUAUUGGCUUCUAUGUCAGUCACAGGAGAGAGUUUGAGGGACUGUGCUUGGAAUUGACUCAGGUCCUGAACUCUGCUGCCGCCAAAGAGAAAUAUCCCAUGUUCUCAGUUGUGGAGGGCUGCACUCAGGACUAUGGCUUGGAAGAGCUCUGUUCCCAUCUCUCCCAGCAAACAGUGCAAGGCCAGCAUCCUGGCAAGCGGGGCAGGGCAAAAAAGUCCACCACAGAGGAAUUUGUUGUCUUAUGAUUGCAGGGUUGCCGAUUCCAACACUCCUGACUUACUUAUUUUUAUUUAUAUGGAGGCCUACGGUUCUUUUGGUUCAGGAAAGAGGGUCCCUGUGUCACACCUGCAGUGACUGUCUUCUGCUGCUCUAGCCUGUUGCAUCAGAGCUCCUCAUGCAAGAGGCUAUAACUGAACUGUCCUGGGGACUCCUCAUCCUUAGUCUGCUGCUAGAAGAAAGUCAUGACACUGGAAUAAGUCCAUGAACAUGGGCAAAUGAUAUUGAGCACUAAAACAGCCAUACACGGCAAGAGCCAAGGCAGCUCACAAGUGAGGGGAAGAAAACCGUUGACAAAGGUGCUGCUUUUCUUAACUCAGGUUUGUUUGUGAUCAGCCAAGUGUGCUGUGUGGAUGACUGUGUUGGCAACCCAGACUUUUCCCCUUCAGAGGCAAUGCAACACUCCUUCAGAUUUGUUUCAUUUAAUAAAAGCUCCAAAGAGGUA